AUGUCUGAAAUAAAGACACCUGAUGAGAAAGAAAAGCAAGCCAAUCUGGGCGCUGCUUGCUUUCGUUGCAGAGGGUUUAGACAUGCCUGCGACAGAAGAAAGCCUUCCUGCUCUCGUUGUCAUAGAAGAGGAAUCACUUGUGUGUAUCCUGAAGCUGCACCCACCCUAAAGAAACUGCAAAAAGCUACAGAGACAUUGGGAGACAGAAUCAAAAAGUUCAAUGAUCGACUCAAAUCAACUGAUGUCGCACCUGCACCAAUGUUUGAUAGCAGUAAUCAGUCCACGCCAAAUCACAGUGUUGUCAGUUCACCAUACACCGAAAGCAUCAUCUCCACAUAUUCAGAUGAUGAACUGUCAGAGGAGCCCAGACCCAAGAGAAAAGCACGACGCAACGGCAAAGUGGCAUCUACCAAGAGCUUUUCAGUGUAUCCAUGCACCAAAUGCUUCAAGGAUCUACAGCAAUGUGAUUUAGCGCUUCCCAGAUGCAGUCGAUGUGUGGCCAACAAUUUCGAAUGCGGAUUCAAAAAGACAGAGCCCAAGGCAAAUCAUGUGUCUCAAGUAUUGAAUACGAUGAACAAAGUCAUGGAUCAGUGGCAGGACUCCAUUGAUCGCAUGGCCAAAGAUUUUGCACAAAAGACGAGAGACUUAUCAGCCAGAGCGAACCAUUCACUAAAGAUAAAGCCCAUGCCACAAACCGCAUGGAAAAUCACAACCACGAAAAAGGGACUAUCGGUAGAGAGCAAUGUCAAUUCUUACAACGACCUAUCAACACUUGUUGAUCAAUUCAAACGCUCUAUGACGAUCUCAAAGAAGCCUAGUACGCCACAAACAAACGUGAGCAGUGUAGAGCCUACACUCGAAUUCGACGACACACGAUCCAUCCACACCAACUCUGGCUUUGCUGUGUGGAACUCAUGGGCUCAUCCGACACAUGCCAUGCCGCAGGAUUACCCGAUUGACAUAUCUCAAGAAUUGACAGAUAACUUGGUGGAUUUGUAUUGCCGUACUCCUUGCUGCUCCUCGAUUCGCUUACCAAUUAUAGACACAAAAGAGUUUUUGCUCCGUUAUCACGAUCCAGAUCAAGCCAAACGUCCGUCAACGGUUUUAAUUUAUGCGGUUUGCGCCAUGGCAGCUAGGAAUGCUUUCCAAUUACACGUUUGGAGCAAGAGGCCUUCCUGCGACGCCCCUCAGUACAAUAUGGGCAAGGCGCUGUCUGUAGCCUACUGCCUCCGCGGCCGCGAAAUUUUGGCAGAGUGCUUUGAUGAGCCCACAUUCGAUAACUGUCAAGCUGCAUUUUUGUUAUCGUACUGCAACUAUCAAAACGGAUAUCCUGGCGUCAUUUAUUUUUAUGAGUGGAUUGCUUAUACAAUGGCACAAGAACUCGGUCUCUAUGAUCCUCGUCGUGAACUCACGCGUUAUGAAUCGAUGCUUGUCUGGUCUAUUUACUACUGCAAUGCUUGGUACAAGGUGCUUCAAGGAAGCGAUGGAUCGGCAUCGUCCAGCCUCAGCCAGUGCAGGCCAUCUUUAUCUACCAUUCCCCCUACAUUGCCACCUGUGCAAGUAAACACAGGGAAUGAUGAAUCCGCAGUGAUUGACUAUUACGUAUGGAACUCCUGGGUAUAUCUGAUCAACCUGCAAGUUAUGCGCGAACAAUCUAUGGCUAUACUGGUGUCUCAGCAAGGCCAUCCCGAUUUGCCUCAAGAGCUGCUGUCUAUGCAAUCCACCCUGGAGCAGUUUCACGCGAGCCUACCCUUGGAAUGGCAGAGCAUGGCCAGUGUCGAUGCCAUUGACAUGUUUAGUCAUAUCAACUCGCCUGCUGACAGCUGCUGCUCACCUCCUUCUGGUGAUGGUGAUGCCCAUUACAGCGUCGACACCAAGUCUUUUGCUCGCUACUGUGUGAAUUUGGUUAGUCUCCAUUACAGCAUGAAUCAGAUUAUCUUGCACCAACCCUUUGUGCCAAUGUAUCGUGUCCCCUGUACACUCAUGUCAAUCCAAAGCUUAGAAACUAGUCUUAAAGCGGCAAACAACAUUACAUUGAUAUUCGAGAUUAUGGUCCAACAAAAGGAGGAAUGCCAUGUACCACUGGUGGGCUUCUUGUUUGCUAAUAUCGUGUAUAGAAAACUGUUGAGCUAUACAACCGAUGAUCACUACUAUGAGACGGGCAGAAUUGGCUUGCUGAACUCACUCGACAUCUCGAAAUCUUCCAUCAAUUACACGUAUGAUUUUGAACUGGCUCGCACUCUGGUCAAUCUGAUGGAGCAAGACAUUCAACAUAUCAUCUGUCAAGGAGCAAACAAUUACAUGUCCAUGGACUCGUCCUCGUCUGCUGUCAGCACCCAGUCUCCACCGACGCCCGCUGCUCAACAGUACAUGAAUGAAGGAUUUUAUGGUGGUUAUCAACCCGAAUUGAUAAAGUAG